UUAGAUGCAGUGUUGUCAAGAGGGAAGGGUGUAAUUUUAUUUUUUAAGAUUUUUUAUUUAGCAAAAUUUCUUUAUUUUGUGUUUAUUAGUGUAGAAAUGCUGAUGCAAGAUGAUGUCUGAUCAGUUUAGGAAAGUAGAACCAUAUUCACCAAAGUCCUCGCCAAGAGGAGCGAGGUCACCAGUCGUUUCUCGGCAGGACUCGUCUGGAACCCUCAAGACUACCAUAUCGUUGGGUAAAAACCCUUCUAUAGUGCACAGUGGACCAUUCUACUUAAUGAAAGAACCUCCAGCUGAAUGUGAGCUCACAGGGGCCACGAACUUGAUGUCUUACUAUGGGCUGGAACACUCUUACAGUAAAUUUAAUGGGAAAAAACUGAAGGAGUCACUGUCAUCUUUCCUUCCGAACCUACCGGGCAUAUUAGAUGGGCCAGGACAAGAGGACAACAGUACUUUAGCUUCGGUGAUAGCUAAAAGACCUAUUGGCGGCAAAGAGAUCUUGCCAUUGACAAGUGCACAGUUGGCAGGAUUCCGCUUGCACCCAGGGCCUCUGCCGGAACAGUACCGCUAUGUUAGCGCAACCCCACCAAAGAGACAUAAGAGUAAACAUAAGAAACACAAACACAAAGAUGGAGCUCCUCCUGGGCAAGACACUCCAUUACAAGACUCAUCAAACCCUGACACAUAUGAGAAGAAACAUAAAAAGCAGAAGCGGCACGACGACGACAAGGAGCGCAAGAAGAGGAAAAAGGAGAAGAAACGGAAAAAACAGAAACACAGCCCGGAGCAUGGUGGUCUCACACCGAGCCAGCAUCCUGUAUCUUGAGUCGUUGUAAAACUUUAGGUUAAGUGAGAAUUGGGCCUGAAGAGAAACAAAACUUUGCUUCCAUGGGAAUUUUCAAUACUUCCUUAGUGGAGUUCCUCACCACCAUUAUCUGUAUAUUGUUUAGCAAGAGUGGGAGUUGAAAGCUGCAAGUGUGGAUUAGAAUCUUAUCUUAGGUAACCAGAUCCAUGUGAUAGACAAAUUAUGCACCUUUUCUUGUUACUUUUUCUGUCACUACAUCUGCCUUUCAGGUUAACUUCUAACUUAAAAUAAUAUUUUAUAGGUAAGGCUUAAAUUUUUUUCUUUGAAAAAUACUGUAACUUGCACAUGGUUAUUUAAUUUGUUAAAUUUACUUCUGCAUUUUCUUGUUCUUCUUGUGCUCUAAAAAUUUGAUUUAUCCACUCUUUCUCUUUGGGCUUGAUACCAUUCAUUUAAUGUUAACAUACACAUUUGUUUUCUAUGAAUUUAAGACAAGGUAUACAAAAAAACCACCAAAACUUUUUGUUUACUUUCUUUUAAAUACCUUAAGAAAUAGAUUAUAAGUAAUAUUCUAUAUGAUGUAAGGAGAAUGUUGAAUCUUUUUUGUUAAAAUGUUCAGCACUAUGAUUUUUAGAUCUUGAAGGUGGGAAGAACUAAGGUAUUCUAGAUUUCAGUAUAAUUGCAUUGUCAUGUUCAGAUCUAUUUCCUUUAUAAAUAGUAGUUUUUUGUGAUUAUGUAGUAUUGAUUUCAAUAUACCAAAUCUGGAUUCAAUGCAAAUGUCCAUUCUUUCUUUAAUGAUUUAUGUCACACAAGCCAAUACCGACUUAUUAGAUUUGCAAAACCAUAGCAUAAACUAACCAAUCUCAAAUACAUAACAUUUACAUAUCUUUUGGAUUUAAUAGAAGGCAACCAAAGGACAAAAUUAUUGAAAAUAAUAGUCAAUCAAACAAUAAUGCUUCUCUGCUAUUUUCUUUACUUACAACGAACUUUUAGUAUUCCUUAUUUUGGUGGGUACAGGUAAUUUUUUAAUGCAGAUAUUUGUUGAUGUUUAUCAGUUGAGACCUUGAAAAUCAGAAAUACCUAUAGUAAGGGGACUGGAAUGAACGAAUUAUGAAAUCGAUAAUUAACGGGAAUGUCAGACUAUAUUCUAGUUUCCAGGAAAAAAUUAUGUCGGGGCUAAGAUUUCGAUUUUACGACGAUUCAACCAGCUCUAUCCAAAGUUAAAAGUGUGACCAUGUGCACUUUAAUUGCUGCUUUAAAAUUAACCUGUGUUAAUGAAAGGUCCUAAGGUUAAUUUUGUAGAUUAAGUUUGGAAUGGACAUUUAUUAGGUAGUUAAAAAUACUUUUGUAAAUAUUUCGUCCAUAGUUUUCCACUCCUAAACCAUAGACCUAAUAAAUUUGAUAGAAUGUU